UACUUGCCAUUUGCUUCGUGGAAGCUGUCUUCGGAUUGGACGCACAGGAGGCGCAGCUCAUGCUGCAAGUACACAAUGAACAUCGAGAAUACCGAAGCAAGUGUGGGGAAACGGACAUAGUGCCAGCGGAGGAAUUAUUACAGCCUCUUGUAAGUUUGAGAUGAUGUGAAAGCCUUGCGCGUCGGACUUGAAUCUGAGCGCGAUCCCUGACAUUGUUCACGAAUACACGAUAAUUAUUUUUCUAUGAUUUUUAUUCUUGUAUGAGGAGUGGGACGAUGAACUGGCGGCUGCCGCUCAAAUGUGGUCCGACAACUGUGAUGUUCACGACAAGAAACCGACCAGAAAAGUUGGUUUAUUUGACUCCGUGGGUCAAAACAUCGCUGUUCAAUCCGAGUUGGCAGGAGCUGUUACUUAUUGGAUGAAAGAAUCGGACCACUAUGAUCACAAAUCAGACCACUGUGAGCCACCGCAUCAAUGUGACAGUUACAAGCAGGUAUGUGAAUACACAAAUUGUGUGACUGAACGAACUGUCAAACUUCAUAAUCAAUCACUGAACGAAGUUUCAUCACUUAAUUUCUCUCAAAUGCAUCUAGAUAGUUCAAUCUGACACGGCCUACGUAGGAUGUGGCUAUAACAAAUGUAGCGGCUUUGUAAAUCCAGAUGAAAUGUUGAUUACCUGUUUCUACACACCUGCGUAAGUCUUCAUAAUUUCCAUCCGUCAAUGCACAAAGUGUUCCACCACAUACUUAAGCAUAAUCACGAUUUUAUGAUUUGUUUUACAUUGAGAUUCAGUGGUUUCAAAGCAUUCCGAUGAUGUGUUUUUAUCAGUGUGCUUCAGUGUGAUUCACUUCAUGUUUGUAUUCAAUUU